GGUUUUCGCACGUUACAUGUGCGGCAAAGACCGCACUUUGAAAUUCAUUCGCUUCAAUGUCGAUAUCUGCGGACAUGAUAAUAACUCGAUCCAGGCAAUCUUCUUAAUGAAACCACCAAGAUCAACGAUUAAUCGAGCUUAUGUAACUACAUCCGUUGUCUUAAUUCCGCUAUGCCUCGUCGACCGGUUAGGCCACAGGAUCGCCAGCGGGUCGUACGCGCAUGCGACCCAUGUAAAGCUUCAAAAAAGAGAUGCAACGGAGAACAGCCUUGCAGUGCAUGUGAGAGAAAGGGAAAUACUAGAUCUUGUUGCUACACGGCAGGCCGGCGGCACCAUCCUCUUCCGCGUACUAGCUCUGUCCCUCUCCAGCAUGUUUCCCAGGAAAAUACCAGCACCUGCUCUACAACGAAUCUUCCUCAACGGGCACUGAUAUCACCAAACGGGUCGUGGGAAGGCAAUGAUCAGUGUGUCAGAUCACCGAGUAGUCCAUGUAGCAUUGAUGCAGAUACGAGACAGACGCGACCGGAAGAGUACAUUGAAGACAGUACACAGGACUCUUCUAGUGAUUCUUUGGAUCAACCGCCGGUCAUGCUAUCAAGCGUGAAUGGGGAGAAGGUUUUCAUCGGAAACACAGCGGCGAUUUCUUUUCUACGUUUCCUCCAAAGAACGUUGGAGCGAAACGCAGGAACAUCCUGCUUUACAGACGCUCAAGAAAGCCAUCGACUCUUUGAAGCUGAAACAACAUCAAUCGGAUCGAGUGCUUUCUAUGACAGCAUGAGCCUUGAAGAUAGAAUAUCGUUCAUUCAAUCCUUCCUUGAUGCUUCUGCUGGUCUCCUGGACUUGUACUCGUGGGAAGAAGUCUCUCAAAUGUUGAAUUUACAUUGUCCAACUAUUGGGGAUAAGGUGGAGCCAACUGCCGAAAGACUGAACAGCCUACAAUCAGCAUCACUUUACUUAAUGGUCGCCAUUGGAGCCCAAUGUUGUGGUCGUAGCAGAGCAGAUGUCACAUAUGCUGCCGAUUUAUUCUCCUUCGCUCGCAAGCUGGCUUUAGAGGGAAUGUUAGAAACACCUAGUCUUGAUCUUGUACGGGUGUUCAUAUUGAUGGCAUUCUACAUGUGCGGGGCUUGCCGCCGCAAUUCCGCUUUUAUGUAUCUGGGAGUUGCUUCCAAAUCUGCUGACAUAUUGGGUCUUUGCGUGUCCACUCACUAUAAUCGUCUCUCCUCGGACUCUCGAGACAAAAGGCUACGUACAGCUAAAAGUUUGCGCGUUUUUGAUGUUAUCUGUAAUUCUAUUCUUGGCCGGCCUACAAGCACUUCACCCGUUCCCUCGGACUCUAACAGCCAUCUCAUCGAUGACAAUUCUAUGACCGCAGACGUUAAGUAUAAGGCCCUGGCGUUAGGGGCCGCGUACGAAGUGACGUCUAUUCUAGACGUUUCUGUUACUAAAUCUGCCGCCGGAGAUUUGAAUUCCAGCGAAGCCGAAACGCUUUUGCUGGCAUUACAGCAGCGCAGUCGCAGCUUUCCAACGAUUCUAAGACAGCUGGACGGAGAAACAAUGGUUUCAGGUCAAAGUGUGACUAUCGGAAAUAUCCAUGUUUCUGGGGUCUAUUAUUUCAGUGUCAUCAUCGUCACACGCCACUUCCUUAUACAGCACGUUGUCCCUCAGCUCUCGAGGCAUGCCCGCAGCUCGAUCAAGAACCAUCAUAGCUUACAUCGAGACCCAACAACGGACGUCAAAGUUGCCCGUUUAGCUGAUGCUUGUGUCGAAGCAGCUACAUAUAUGGCGCAAAUGUGUUACCAGGUAAUGAAAUCCGGGCAGUUGAUGGGCAAUAUGUGCAUCAUCAAGGCAUGGAUGUUUGCUACUGGGCUCGUUCUCGGCUUUUCGUUCCUCGCAGAGACGGGGGACACAAGAACUAAUCGACAGGCGGCAUUUCUUAAGACCUUACAAGUGCUCGGGGACCUCAAGCGUCUUAGCCCACAGGCAGAACAGUAUUACAAUAUCCUUGCAAAUUUUCACCAAGCAAUCAAAGCAUAUCAUGCUCAAGUGCAACAGGAAGAGCAAAUACUAACGCCAAAGCUGGUUGAUCAAAUAUUCCUUCCAGACAUAACACAUGAGCUUGGGCCAGAGGUAAUUGGAGCUCACCUUCCGAGCCCAGACAUGAGCAUUCUUGAUAGCGGUUCCAUAGAUUGGCAAGAGCAGGUGUCACUCAAUAUUUUGAAUGAGGGAGUCAACAUUGAACCCCCAUUCCUUGGAGAGCACGACGUAAUUGUGCAGAUGCUCUGGGAGUUAGAUGCACAGAGAAUGAGUAACCCCGAACCCUCUCUUCUUGGAACAGAACUUGGAUUUCUGCCCUGA